GGAACUAUAGAGGGCGUUUGUCAAAUUGCAAUUUUGCAGUUGCAGACGACAGUGUCGACAUUUUGGUAAAUUGCACGAUAUGGAAUUUGGAGAUUACAUCAUGAAGUUCCCACCUUACUGGCGAGGGGUAUUUGCCUUCCUCUCCAAGGACCACCAGCCCACCGUAGGGGCCGAUUCCUGGCUGGUGGAGAACCGUGAGGGCGCUCUUACGUGUCGCACGUCAAGGUAUUGUCCACGUGGCCACCACGUCGACUGGAGUCGGUUCGUGGAAGGCCUGUGCGAAAAGGAACCGACGCAGGUGGCAGGUCAACUUGCAUUCCUGCCAAGAAUUCUCCUCCUCCCGGUGAACGUUCAAAGAAACACCGUGGCGUUUCUCUCCCAUCACUUGUCAGAGAUACCCGUGCCUUGUCUUGAGAAACUCCUAGAUUCCUUAAGAAAUUGUUCCGUGUCUGACGAAUGGACAAAGCACCACCUCAGAACGCUGCAGGACUUUAUAUGCAGAAAUCGGUGCCUGAAUUACGGGUCUGGGCUUAGUGCCGAUGACUCUCAGAUGAAAUUGACCCGGGGAUCGAGGGAUGCGUUUGAAAAUGUCUGUCGGCAGAUCAGAGACAAGGACGGGAUUCUGGAUGAAGGCGGGGGAUUCACGCUGCAAUUUGAUUGGCUGCCGGAGGCCGUGUCGAGCAAUCGUCACACCUGCCAGCACAGUAGAUGCUUCUCUUCUGAAAAGCUGAACUCAGACGAAGCUGAAAAGGUUGUGCCAGCAAGUCAAGAGGAAAGCUUGAAGAAAGACUCCGCGAUCCCAAACGAGGGACGUUCCACGAGCCCCGAAGUUAUCGAAAUUGAAGAAUCACCACUGCCGUCCCCGAUGGAGGUGGAAGUAGCAGCUGCUCCAAACUUGCCAGAGAGGCGUUCAGAAGUGUCAGUUGUCAACGAAAUUGCAUCGGGGGAUUUCGGAGGUCAGAGUUCACAGGUCAAGGGGGAGGUCGUGGGAGGACAAAGAGCAGAUGUGGAGGACAUUGGAAGGAAGCAAGAGCGGAGCAGAAAUGAUGUUGUGGAUGCAGUAACCAUGGACAAGUUGGCGUCGCUCAAGGCAGCUCUUUGUAACUCAUCAGGACCAGUACCCUCUGAGCUUGCGAGGGUCAUCAUCGGCAUUCCAAUAGAUAAGAUGGAAGCAGUGUGUGACAUCCUGGAGUUAGACUCCACACCAGCCGCAGGUCUGGCUGCCCUGGCCCAGGAACUGUCUGGGUUCUCCUUGGAACUGGGUCACUCCAGCGCCACAAUACUGGCAAGGAGGUGUUUCGGACAGCAGAUUCGAGAUUUGACCCAAACUGCUCCUAGAACUCUCAUCGCAGCAGCCAUCGGUUUUGCAAAAGCUUUCCCCAAGCCACUUAUAGAGGGCGCCUUCCUCCUCGCCCUGGCAGGGGAUGGCCAGGUGGGCGGAUCCACCUCCCAUCAGUGUGACCUGGUCGUCAAGGUGCUGAAAGAGGCACUGACCAAUGAGAGUCGAGUGUACCUUCUAAGUAAGCUUCUCUCAAUCCAGACACUACAGUGGUCGGAUGACUUGACAGGACUUUUCCAGACUGCUUUGGCAUGUAAGUUGGAGCUCGAUAACCACACACUGGAGAUGUUUGUCACCGCCCUGGAGCAUCAUGGGAGUUCUCGGAGCUCAUGCGCCAAGUUUGCAAAACUCCUGCUCGCUGUCAUUAAUCGGUUCUCUAAACAGAUUUCAGCCGCGGGUCUUGCCGCCCUGCAGAGGCUAGCAGAUGCCAACCAGACCUUCCUGAAGAAAGCUCUACUUGGGGCAAUCAAGCGGGUCAAAGGGUAAAGGUCGGGUUAACCACCUAGCCCUUCCCUAUGGGCUCUGUUCACAAGUACCCCCUCACUGGCAAGAAAGGGAGAGUUGGGGGAGACCAUAGUCUGGUUCCCCAACCAAAAGAUUCCAAAUUUUAUUUCUGACAAGUCUUAGAUUUAUCAGAAAUAGAUCCUUUGGUCUGGGACCCAGACUAGGGAGCCCAUCGGGAGAGACAUUCGAACGCACCGCCGAUUCCUGACACUCACGCGAAGAUGCUAUGGGUUUGUGCGCAUUUAGAAUAAAAUUAGCAGUGCGUACUUCAAGCUAUGUGUGUGUGAACCAGUAUGUACAUGCUAUGUGUCCCAUCCACGGUGCUCUCAAAAAGCACCCUCUUUUGUUGGCACUCAAGAGCCCAUAUCCCAUUAGAUUAAGGGUUUCAAGUUCAUUUUUUGCAAUGGCAGAAGGGUACUCGGUAUGGUGUCAAAUUCUUUAUUAUUUCAGAGAUUGUUGAAAAGUGUAUUGAACCAAUUUCCUUCAAAAUCCAUGAUGCUGUUUUGGAGGAUUUUGUAGUAUUGAGGAAGGUAUAGCCAGUUAAACCACUAUUACUUGGGCUUGAUGCUGUGAAACUCGAAACGUGCAUGAAUCUGAACUACUUGACAGAUGUUGAAUUUGAAAGAUUCAAAAAAGAUUGAGUGUAACAAUUUCAAUCUUUUCAUCUAUAGAUGGUGGGAGUGUGUGGAAAUAUAUAUAUAUUAAAAGAAACAGAUGUGUUACACUGCUUUAAUUUUCAAUUUUUGCUCAAAUAGUUUACGUACAUGUUUUAAUUUUGUCUGAAAUUUAAUGAAAGAUUAUUUUUCAUGCCGUGCGUUAUGUUUUACACACCCUGCAGUAUAUUUAUUUUGAUGCAAUAAAAGACUGUAAAUCUAUCA